AAAGAGCGAAAGGAUUGCCAAUUCUGAAGGAGAAAGCAAACCAUAUCUGAAAUACAAAGCGCGGACGGACCAUUUGAGCAUCCAAUUCGUGAGCUUUGGCGUCUGUGUAUUUUUAAUCGGGAGCUGUAGGCUGUAGCUAGCUAGAGAGGUUUAGAGCAGCACCAAAUGGCGAGCAAGGUGGUGGACCUCCGGUCAGACACGGUCACCAAGCCCUCCGAGGCCAUGCGGGCCGCCAUGGCCGCCGCCGACGUCGACGACGACGUCCUGGGCGCGGACCCGACCGCGCAUCGCUUCGAGGCGGAGAUGGCCGCGGUCAUGGGCAAGGAAGCCGCGCUGUUCGUGCCGUCGGGCACCAUGGGCAACCUCAUCUCCGUCCUCGUGCACUGCGACGUCAGGGGCAGCGAGGCCAUCCUCGGCGACAACUCGCACAUCCACGUCUACGAGAACGGCGGCAUCUCCACCAUCGGCGGCGUGCACCCCAGGACCGUGAAGAACAACCCCGACGGCACCAUGGAUAUCGACAAGAUCGUUGCCGCCAUCAGGCAUCCUGAUCUCCAUUACCCGACGACCAGAUUGAUCUGCUUGGAGAACACACAUGGGAAUACUGGUGGAAAGUGUUUAUCUGUAGAAUACACUGACAAGGUUGGUGAAAUUGCCAAGAGCCAUGGCUUGAAGCUUCAUAUCGAUGGAGCUCGCAUCUUCAAUGCGUCUGUGGCACUUGGAGUUCCUGUAGAUAGACUCGUGAAAGCUGCUGAUUCAGUUUCGGUAUGCCUAUCGAAAGGGUUAGGCGCACCCGUCGGAUCAGUGAUUGUUGGUUCGAAGGCCUUCAUUGACAAGGCCAGAAUUCUCCGGAAGACCCUAGGCGGUGGAAUGAGACAGGUGGGAGUUCUUUGUGCUGCUGCUCAUGUUGCCGUUCGUGACACUGUGGGAAAGCUUGCGGAUGACCACAGGAAGGCUAAAGCUUUGGCAGAGGGACUGAAGAAAAUCGAGCAGAUUACAGUGGAUUCAGCUUCGGUCGAGACCAAUAUGGUAUUCUUUGAGGUCAUGGAUCCAAGAAUAUCACCUGACAAACUGUGUCAAGUCUUGGAACAGGACAACGUGCUUGCACUGCCAGCCAAUUCAAAAAGUAUUAGGUUCGUCAUCCAUUACCAGAUUUCAGACGCUGAUGUUGGGUACGCAUUGGCAUGUGUCGAGUACGAUUUCAUGUUUUCAGAAAGCAAUCAAAGAGCUACUGGAAGGCAGUACUGAGUUGGGGCAUUCGAUAAACGGAGCUACCAAAAGCUCGUAUGGGCACUAGAUCACUCGGAUUCUGCCAACCUGAUGCAUCGACACAUGGUACCCAGCUGCUUGUUAGCUGCUCUGCUUGUCUGUGACCAACGCCUAGCUGUUGUAGUCUCGCCUUUCCCGAAUAAUUGUUGCUGUUCAGUCUCUGUUUGGAUCUGCUUGUUCUCGUGUCUCUGCUUCA